AUGCAGCUGAAAUUAAUUCAACAUUGGUAUGUCUCGGCAUCGUUAACAGAAGGACUUCACUGCACCAAGAUCUUGUAUUCUCUUCUUUCCCUGGAUCUAGGUAGUUGCCAGUCACCAAGUCUUCUGCUUGAUGACAAUGGCCUGGAGUACGCAAUUCUGGCACCAAAUGACUCGAAUCGAGCGUCUGGGAACCUUCUGAAUGGAUCUGCUUUUGCUCCAGAUGAAAUAGAACGUUUCAAUCGGAUUCCUAGCCCUGUGCCUAAUAGCACAGACAAACGUCUGACAGAUCUCAAAGGCUCAUUCGAUAAGUUCCAUUCUCUUAUGGGACCCUUGGGCUGCAAGAAUGCCACCAUUGUUCACCAAUAUCUUUGCUCUCUUCCUCAGCAAAAAAGCUGGGGGGUAUUGAUUUUCUCAAUCUUGCUUGCAGAUCUAGUCUUCCUCCAGGCGGCUUGGAAGAUUCCGACAUGGACUGCCGAUGCCUUGGUAAAGAGGGGUAAUCUGGAAGCAAUGUCAUGUGAGGGGCAUCAGACUCAGAGCGGAUCCUGUCACCUAUUGGAUAGCUCUAUUGCAUCUCAUCACGAGUUUAAACAGAUCCCAGGUCCGCCCCGGAAGGUUGCGACCUUCUAG